AUGAUGGGAAAGGCGGGCGUGCAGGCAUCCAUUACCGGCUCUGUGCGCUGUUGCUCGGCAACGACCGCUAAUGCAGCGGAUGCUGGUGCCGCGGCGCCGUCGACGGUCACGCGCCCCGUGCGUCAACUUCGUCUGGCGGUCGUGCGUCCUGACAUCCUUGAUGAUUGGGUCCCAGAGCUGAACGACGUCGUUGCCCAGCAGAUUUCGUGCGACGAGGCCACGACACUAGUGUGGUGGAGGUGCUCUUGCUGUCAAAAGCGGUACCAGUGCACUGUGCAAACCCGCGUGGCUCGCGAGCGGACAGCGUGCCCGCAUUGUGGCGGCGGCAUCAGCGCAGCAGGCGACGCCUCUGCCAGCAACUCGGCAGCAGUCUCGGUAGCCCACGAACCGCAAGGUGCGGCAGCGCCUCGAGUGGAGGUCGGAGAGACGCUGGAUAAGACACAUCCUGAUCUCGCUGCCCGCUGGGACGUCGCCCGCAACGGCACGUUGCUGCCCUCUCAUGUGACGGCGUCAAGCACACGGCAAGUAUGGUGGCUUCCUGCCGCGAACACGGCGCCGCCGUCGUCCCCCGCUGCACAGCGCAGCUUUCUCCGCCCGGUGUUUGCGUUUGUGUACGACUCCGCGAGCCCCGAGGAGCAGGCGGCCGCGACGGCGGCGAUGGAGUGGCGGCUGCUCCACGAAAUACGUCGUGUCGCGCACAUUGAAGACGCAGAGAAGGCAGGUGUCAUCCCCGUGACGGUGCGCAGCGAAAAGUUCGGGGCACCACAUGGUGCUGCAUGGCUAACCAGGUCUGGCGACCCAGCAGCCGCAGCCUCUCGACCGUCUGCGGCCACCAUGGCGGCCGCAGAUAUGCGCGUGGUUGCGCGUAUGUGGAAGGACCGCAUCUCGGGACUGGCAAAGCCAGAAAACGCGGAAGACGGCAGAUUUCCGCAAAGUUCGGCGUCGCGCCUUGCCGGCGUCUUUCCACGCGAACUCUUUGCGCACUCGCCGACCACAGCGCGCAGGGCUGCAACUUCAGCUGGGGCGACGGCCGCAUCAACAAUACGGGUGGCCUUGUUGGGCCAGUAUUUCGAGUUUGUGUGCCACCAGCGGAGAGGAGGCGGCAGCAGCAAGGAGCGAAUGACAUUGACGCCUGUACUAGCAAGCCUCACACAGUCGAGUUCCACUGGUGCCGCCGCUGCAUCAACGGCGGCCGAGGGCACGUCCUCGUCAUGGACUGACUUUUUUGCUUUGACGAAGGACUCAGCGCUGCCGAAGGGGUACAUCGACCCGAGCGCGGCCCUUUACUUCCCGGACGCCGCGGAAGUGGCGACAUCCGCUGCGGAGGUGACAGCGGUAUCAGAAGCGAAGGUAGACUCGCUGCGGCUGACGGCAUCCCAGAUUAGCGACACUGUUCUUACCAAGUACCCUCGCCGUCCUCCGUCGCCUCGUCUGCGCGAGGACGACGUGAUGCAAGCGACCCCGCCAAUGACGGGCGCCAGCGCCGAGAAGGGUUCCAGGGACGUCUCCGCGAUUCACCAGGCCAAGCACCAUCAACUGAGGCAUCACGUUCACAUGCCGUUUGGGCACACCACGACGGUGGCGGAGGAAAAUGCGGCGAAGCUGGCAGCCGAGUACGACGUCGAUGAUGAAGACGAUAGCGGCCGCAGCAUUGACAGCAGACGUGCCCAUACGACAGACAAAGCAGCCACGUUCGCUACAGAGCUGCGUGGGGCGAGCAGGCGCAGCGGCGAGGCUGCAACAGCGGUCUCCCUCAUCGACUCUGCCAUUGCUGCCCUCGGUGAGGCCUUCUCCGUGGUAGAGGCGGACAGCAGCAGCCGACGCUACCAUCGUGAAGCGCAUCGUACGGCAGCGCUGAGUGACGAGUUAAUGGCAUCGAGUAGCGAUGUUGCACGACGCACCGGUACCCGUCCUCGCCGCUUUCGCCUCUCGCCACCUCACGAGACGCUACAGGCGAGGCAGCGGAACGUGGCGACCGGGUUGAUCGCCGCAGACGGCAGCGGUGUUGUGCGGUCGGCACACUUUGAAGCGCCGCAAACGCCGCGGAAAGUGGCUCGGUCACGUCGAGUCAACAAAGAGGCCUCAAGUGCAGCGGCACAAUGA